AUGCAUUUAACCAUCGCUGAAGACCAGCCAUACUCAGGGUAUGAUAUUCGCAAGAUUUCCAGGGUGAGAAAUUAUUUUUUAUGGGCGCAGUACCGUCACAGGUUAAAUGAAAUUAAUGAAGAGUUAGGUGACCGUACUUCCGAUGAGAUUAUACUUUUUCAUGGUACACGUGGUACACGGAGGACUGAAGCCAUUGCUAGAACUGGCUUCAAAGUAGAGUACGCCAAUCCUGGUUGCUUGUUUGGUCAAGGGAUUUACUUUUCUCGGUUAUCUUCCCGCAGCUCUAACUUGUCUUGUGACGACCCAUGCUAUCCGCAUCAUCGUUCAGGAUGCACAGAAUGUUUGAGGACCAUUUUGCUAUGUAGGGUGGCUAUGGGAAGAUCUUGUACGACAGACGAUUCACUUCAUGGAAUGGUAGCACUUCCUCCAGGAUUUCAUAGCCUUAUUGCUUUACCAGAUUCUUUUUGCCCAGAGUAUGUGAUUUUCAAUAAUUAUCAGGUUUACCCUUCUUACAUCGUUGAGUUCAGAUGUCUUUCGUGAAUGUCAACGACGAUUAUGAGCAAUUCGUUGGACAGAGAUUUUAUUUUCUGUCCUC